ACAGCUGCACAAACAUCUACUCUGACAUCAACAACAAUAGCACAAACAUCCACUGAAACAGCACCAUCAUCUACAGUGCCAACAACAACAACGACACCACCAACAUCUUCUGAGUCCACAACAACAACAGCACAAACAUCUUCUUUGCCAACAACAACAACAUCUAAUGUGCCGACAACAACAGCUGCACAAACUUCUACUCUGCCAAAAACAACAGCAGAACAAACAUCUACUGUGCCAACAACAACAGCUGCACCAACAUCUACUCUGACAUCAACAACAGCAGCACAAACAUUGACUGAGGUAACAACCACAAAACCAUCAUCUACUCAUCCAACAACAACAGCACCAUCAUCUACUGUGCCAACAACAACAGCAGGACCAAUAUCUUCUACUCAGCCAAAAAUAACAGCAAAACAAACAUCUACUGUGCCGACAACAACAGCUGCAACAACUUCUACUCUGCCAACAACAACACAGGACCAACAUCUACUGAGCCAACAACAACAGCAGCACCAGCAAAAACUUCUGAGUCCACAACAAAAACAGCACAAACCUGCUCCAACAUCUACUUUGCCAACAACAACAACAGCAACAACAUCAACUGUGCAAACAACAACAGCACCAGCAUCUAAUCCAACAAUAACAGCAAAACAAACAUCUACUGUGCCAACAAAAACAGCAGGACCAACAUCUUCUGUGCCAACAACAAUAGCUGCACAAACAUCCACUGAGGUAACAACCACAAAACCAAAAUCUAUUCAGCCAACAACAACAGCACCAUCAUCUACUAUGUCAACAACAACAGCAGCACCACCAACAUCUUCUGUGCCAUCAACAACAGCAGCACCACCAACAUCUUCUGAGACCAUAACAACAACAUCCAAAACAACAACAGAACAAACAGGUUCUUUUCCAACAACAGCACCAACAUCAACUGUGCCAACACAGCAGCAACAUCUAAUCACAAACUUCCACUAUGGCAACAACCACAAAACCAACAUCUACUCUGUCAACAACAAAUGCGGCUCAAAAAUCUACUGUGUUAUCAACAACACCUCCAAAAUCUACUGUGCCAAUAACAUCAGUAGCAACAACUUCUACAGUGCCAACAACAGCAAAAAUAUCUACUGUGCCAACAUCAACAGCAGCACCAACAUCUACUGUGCCAACAACAACAGCAGAACCAACAUCUGUUUUUCCAACAACAACAGCAGCACAAACAUCUACUGGGCCAACAACAGCAAAAAGAACAUCUUCUGUGCCACACAAACAUCAACUAAGACAACAACAACAGCACCAACAUCUAAUGUGCCAACAACAACAGCAGCACCAACAUCUUCUCUGCCAACAACAACAGCAGUACAAACAUCCACUGAGGUAAAAACCACAAAACCAACAUCUACUCAGCCAACAACAACAGCAGCUCAAAAAUCUACUGUGCCAACAACAACAGAUGCAUCAACAUCAACUCUGCCAACAACAACAGCAGCAGCAGCAACAUCUAAUGUGCCAACAACAACAGCAGAACCAACAACAUCUUCUGAGUCCACAAAAACAACAGCAAAAACAUCUACUGUGCCAACAACAACAGCAGCAGCAACAUAUACUGUGCCAACAACAAAAGCAGAUCCAACAUCUAAUGUGCCAACAACAACAGCUGCACCAACAUCUUCUCUGCCAACAACAACAGCAGCACAAACAUCCACUGAGGUAAAAACCGCAAAACCAACAUCUACUCAGCCAACAACAACAGCAGAACAAACAUUUACUGGGCCAACAACAAUAGCAGAACCAACAUCUUCUGUGUCACCAACAAAAACUACACAAACAUCUUUGCCAACAAAAACAACAGCACCAACAUCAACUGUGCCAACAACAACAGUACCAACAUCCCAUGUUCCAACAACAAGAGCUGCACCAACAUCUACUCAGCCAACAACAGAGGCUCAAAAAUCUACUGUGACAACAACAACAGCACCAACAUCUACUGUUCCAACAACAACAGCGCAAACAUCUAUUAUGCCAGCAACAACAGUAGCACCAAAAUCUAAUGUGCCAAAAACAACAGCAGCACAAACAUCCACUGAGGUAACAACUACAAAACCAAAUUUUACUCUGCUAACAACAGCAGCAGCAACAUCUACUGUGCCAACAACAACAGCAGAACCAACAUAUACUGUGCCAACAGCAACAGCGGCUCAAAAAUCUACUGUGACAUUAACAAAAUCACCAACAUAUACUGUGACAACAACAACAGCUGCACAAACAUCUUUUCUGCCAACAACAACAGCAGCAGCAGAAACAUCAACUGUUCCAACAACAACAACUGCACCAAAAUCUACUGUACCAACAACAACAACAACACCACCAACAUCUUCUUUGCCAACAACAGCACAAAUAUCUACUAUGCCAACAACAACAGCACCAACAUAUAAUGUGCCAACAACAACAGCUGCACCAACAUCUUCUCUUCCAACAACAUCAGCAGCACCAUCAACAUCUUCUGAGUCCACAACAACAACAGCACAAACAUAUUCUUUGCCAACAACAGCACAAAUAUCAACUGUGCCAACAACAACAGCAACAACAUCUAAUGUGCCAACAACAACAGCUGCACCAAAAUCUUCUCUGCCAACAACAACAGCAGCACAAACAUCCACUGAGGUAAAAACCACAAAACCAACAUCUACUCAGCCAACAACAACAGCAGAACAAACAUCUACUGGGCCAACAACAAUAGUAGAACCAACAUCUUCUUUGCCAACAACAACAGCAGCACCACCAACACCUUCGGUGUCCAGAACAAAAACUGCACAAACAUCUUUGCCAACAAAAACAACAGCACCAACAUCAACUGUUCCAACAACAACAGCAGCACCAACAUCUACUGUGCCAACAGCAGAACCAACAACAGCUUUUGAUUCCACAACAACAACAGCAGCAGCAACAAAUACUGUGCCAACAACAACUUCAACACUACCAAAACCUUCUGAGUCCACAACAACAAGAGCACAAACACCUACUGUGCAAAUAACACCAUCUGCACCAACAUCUGCUCUGCCAACAACAACAGCAGCACAAACAUCUACUGUGCCAACAACAACAGCUGCACCAACAUCUACUCUGCCAACAACAACAGCAGCAUCAACAUCUACUGUGCCAACAAAAAUAGCAGAACCAACAUCUUCUUUGCCUGCAACAACAGCAGCACCACCAACAUCUUCUGCGUCCACAACAAAAACUGCACAAACAUCUUUGCCAACAAAAACAACAGCACCAACAUCAACUGUGCCAACAACAACAGUACCAACAUCUCAUGUGCCAACAACAACAGCUGCACCAACAUCUACUCAGCCAACAACAACAAUGGCUGAAAAAUCUACUGUGACCAAAACAACAGCACCAACAUCUACUGUUCCAACAACAACAGCAGCACAAACAUCCACUGAGGUAACAACUACAAAACCAACAUCUGCUCUGCUAACAACAUCAGCACUAACAUCUACUGUGCCAACAACAACAACAGAACCAACAUCUAAUAUGCCAACAACAACAGCUGCACCAACAUCUACUCUGCCAUCAAAAACAGCAGCACAAACAUCAUCUUCUGAGUCCACAUCAACAACAGCACAAACAUCUUCUUUGCCAGCAACAACAGUAGCAGCAACAUCAACUGUCUCAACAACAACAGCACCAACAUCUACUCUGCCAAGAACAACAGCAGCACAAACAUCCACUUUGGCAACAACCACAAAAUCAACAUCUCUGCCAACAACAACAGCAGCUCAAAAAUCUACUGUGACAACAACAACAGCACCAACAUCUACUGUGCCAACAACAAGAGCAGCAACAUCUACUGUGCCAAUAACAAUGGUAGCACCAACUUCUACUGUGCCAACAACAACAGCAGCACCCAAAACAUCUUCUGAGUCCAAUUCAACAAAAGCAAUAACAUCUACUGUGCCAACAACAGCAGCACCAACAUCUACUGUGCCCUCAACAAAAGCAGAACCAACAUCUACUUUUCCAACAACAACAGCAGCACCAACAUCUACUUUGCCAACAACAACUGCAGUACCAAUAACAUCUGAGUCCACAACAACAACGGCACAAACAUCUUCUUUGCCAACUACAACAUCAGCACCAACAUCAACUGUGUCAACUACAACAGCACCAACAUCUACUGUGCCAAAAACAACUUCACCAACAUCUACUGUGCCAAUAACAACAGUAGCACCAACUUCUACUGCGCCAACAACAACAAGAGCACCAAAAACAUCUAUAUCCAAAUCAACAAAAGCACAAACAUCUACUGUGCCAACAACAACAGCAGCACCAACAUCUGCCGUGCCAACAACAACAGCAGAACCAACUUCUACUGUUUCAACAACAACAGCAGCACCAACAUCUACUUUACCCACAACAACAGCAGAUCCAAUAACAUCUUCUGAGUCCACAACAACAAUGGCACAAACAUCUUCUUUGCCAACAACAACAUCAGCAUCAACAUCAACUGUGCCAGCAACAACAGCACCAAUAUCUAAUGUGCCAACAACAACAGCUGCACCAACAUCCACUGUGGCAACAACUACAAAACCAGCAUCUACUAUGCCAAAAACAACAGUGGUUCAAAACUCUACUGUGAAAACAACAACAGCACCAACAUCUACUGUGCCAUCAACAACAUUAGCACCAACUUCUACUGUGCCAACAACAACAGCAGCACCAAAAACAUCUUCUGAGUCCAAAACAACAGCAAACACAUCUACUGUGCCAACAACAGCAGGAACAUCAACUGUGCCAACAACAACAGCAGCACACACAUCUUCUGUUCUAACAACUUUAGCACAAACAUCUACUGUGCCAACAACAACAGUGGCACAAACAUCUUUUGUGCCAACAGUCAAACCAACAAUUACUGUGCAAACAACAACAACAACACAAACAUCUACUGUGCAAAAAACAACAGAGGAACCAACAUCGGUGCCAAGAACAACUAAAGCACCAACAUCUACUCUGCCAACAACAGAAUCAUCCAGAUCUACUAGGCCAACAACUGCACCAACAUUUACUAUGCCAAACACAACAAUAGCAUCAACAUCUACUGUGCCAUCAACAAGAUCACUAACAUCUACUGUUUUAAUAACAAAAGCAGCAUCUACAUCUUCUUUACAUGCAAGCCCAACAGCUGCACAGACAUAUAAGUUCAAAGCAACAACUGCCAAGUUCAGUUCCUCCACUCAGUUACCUCCUAAAACAGCAGCACUGAAAACAGUCCCUGUGACAAAAUCAUCUACAAGAAAACCCACUACAGCUAGAAAAGCUACAACAAAAACUACUUCAACCACUACAACAACCCGGCCAGCUAUCAAAACCACCACUGUAUCCAAUGAUCCUCCUGGACCUUCAGAAGGCUUCUUGUUUUUGAAUAUCCAAAUUAGACGGAAUUUUAUUCCAGCAUUCACUGAUCCAACAACUUUGGAUUAUCAAAGUCUUGUCAGAAAUAUUACAAUAGAGCUGAAUAAAGGAUAUUUGCUAAUAUAUCCAUUUACUUUCCUGAGGUGUAUUGUUAUUCGAUUCAAGCCUGGUGUGGCACGCACGAUCCGUAGAGACCUGAGAAAUGAAACCAGUCUAUCUACAGUAGAUGUUGAAACACAGCUGAUCUUUAGAAAUCAGUCAGUUGUACCAAAUAUAACCAGUGCUGUUGAAUCCCUAAGAUCUGCCCUAAGUGCCUUUAAAGUCUUCCUUGAUAUCAUCCCCUCCAGCAUCACGGCAGUGGCGAGAAAUGAAACUGUAACAACAUCUGUACCAAAUACAACAAACAUCUCUACUGCUGUCACAACAUCCAGCACUUCCUGUGUGAAGACUAAAAUGACGACAAUUAUCUGGUUCCUGUUUCCUGUUCUUCUCAUUUACUUCUGAUGAACAGCCAAAUGAAUCAUGACACUAGGCAGAAUUCAGUUCAGCUGCACACAGCACCUUAAUGAAUGAUGCUUUCUAAAAUUUACUUACUAAUUUAUUAAAUAAAUAGCUGAACUCAAAGUAUUUUUCAAAUGCAUUUUCUGUUUAAAGUGUUUUCAUUUUAAUUAUUUUAAAGGUGUUUUAAGUUUGAAGUGCCAACAGCCAUUGUAAAUUACUGACUGUAUACUGUAUAAAAUAAAUUAUUGCUGUGUAAUAUAUAAAAAUGUAUUCAUAUAUAUCACAAAAUAUA